CUAAAAGACUUGACAGUUGAGGCAGGCCUUGAAAUGAUUGGCUGGUUUGGGAGGCGACGCAAUUGAGCCUUAAUAAAUGUGAGAUGUUAGAAUCUCCCCCUGACAAAUCACCAAUGACCAGGAACCGCCACCAGACACACUGAGAUGUGUACACCCACAAAGAUAUACAGAAGUCAAAAUAUCAGGUUCCCUUUUAAUUUUCAGUCAUUGAGUAGGGCUAAUUUAUUUUAUUUUAUUAGACAAAAUUUGAGUCCCAGAGAGUAGCUUGGCUUACAAGUGGAUAAAGUUGUGUAGGCAGAGGGAGACAUUUUGGGUUUCGUUUGGUGAGAGGAAAUUUGGUAAACGUUGUGCAAUGGUGCGGGAAAAGUUUUGAAAGAGUGUGAGAAACAAUUGAAGCUAAGUGCCUGAAGUAGGUCGGUUCAAGAAGAAGCCUUCAUGUUGCAUCCGUACAGAAUGGAGGGGUACCUCAUCUCACCUGGUCCUGCAUCAGAAGACAUGUACGAACCCGACAUCUAUAGACAACAGAUGUCAGAAUAUUCAUAUCCGUAUGUCAUCGAUGCAGAGAGUCAAGGAGAUCACUGGGACUAUCACACCACUCAUCAUGCCCAUCCUCUGGACUUUGACAACCUCCCAGGGGGCCACUUCACUGAGCUCCAGAGUGUCCAGCAACUACAUCUACCCAGUAUGGCUCGUUACAGCGAUGUUGACACUCUCUCUCUGGACCCUGGCCUUGGGGGACACAACCAUGCCCUACCCCCACCGGUGCCAUAUUACCCUCGUGCCAUGGGCUACUUGCACCCCUCUCCUCAGACGAUGAGGAGCUCAGACGACGAGGAGCCAGGAGGCCGCAGCCCUCCACUAGAAGUGUCCGAUGAGGAGUGUCUGAGGGACCACAUCGCCCACGUAACAAGGGGAGAAUUGGGCAACAAGAAGAAGAUCCGUCUGUACCAGUUCCUGCUGGAUCUGCUGAGGAAUGGGGACAUGAAGGACAGUAUCUGGUGGGUGGACAGGGACAAGGGCACCUUCCAGUUCUCCUCGAAACACAAGGAGGCACUGGCACAUCGGUGGGGCGUACAGAAGGGCAACCGCAAGAAAAUGACCUACCAGAAGAUGGCACGGGCUCUUCGCAACUACGGCAAGACAGGCGAGGUCAAAAAGGUCAAGAAGAAGCUGACUUAUCAGUUCAGUGGUGAAGUGCUGGGGGGGAGGUCUCACUUGGAGAGGAGGCCAUAUUCCCAUUUGUAGAGGGAGAAACAUAGUGGAAGUCCUGAAAAGGGUAGUGACAGCGAGAGAUAGUUAACUGUAUAUAGUAUUGUUUGUGUUCAAAUCAACAAUAACUGUUUUUGCUGCUCUUGUAAAAAGCAUUUAUGUGAACGUCAAAGCCAGUGACUUAAUGGAAUCUGACAAUUAGCACAUUUUGACUCAAUGAUUGCACACACACAUCUGGACCUUUUACAUUCCAUUAGCACUUAGAAAUAGGGCUGUUUUAAAUGAUACUGUCAAUCAUUAUCACCAGAAUGCUUACAGGAGUGAUAAUACAGAUGACCACUAGAAGUCCUCAGAGAUCUCCUUUCUUCUACGCACUGUUGGACUCACUGACCAUUGUGCACAUUUGACAUCAAUUAGACUUGGAUGCAACGUUAACAAACAAAAAGACUGAUAAAGAACUCUUUAGCAUUAAUGACAUUGAUUUGAUACUCUGAAAUGCACUGACUUUGGAUAAGCAAUUCCUGUUGCUUAACCUUUGCUGUAGCAGCACACAAACACAACAUAUUAUACGUUAGCUUUUGCUAAUCAGAUUUGAGUAUUCAGCCAAGCCGUGGUAUAAAGCUUAUAUCUUUGUAUGAUGGUAUUACAUGUGUAUUACAUACUAACUCAUGUUAGCUCAAGACUUUGGGAAGUAAAACCCUUCUGAACAUUGGGAGACCUGCAACCUUUCCGGAUCCUCCCCUUGACUAUUACUUCCCUGUCACAUCCCAUUGACUUGUUCCUGAAAUGGGGGAGGGUGAAGAGGCUUGUGACCCAGCCCUUAUCGUCUGCUUGUGUUCAAAAAUGAAGCACAGACCCAUGCCUCCUCUGAGCUAAGGUGCAAUCUAUACCUAGCCUAAGAAUACCAACACAGGGAUAUUUCUCCCAUGCUCUCAAUCAUAGACCCCUGUUUGAACUGUAUGAAAGUGUAUAUGACCAGUUGUUCUUCCGUACUCUAUGUGCUCUCUGUAUAACACAUGUUGGCAUGUUUGGAUGUUGGCAUGACUCAGUUACAUAUCUGCAUGUGAGGAACUCGAAAGCAUUUCUAUUUCUCACACGCCAUGUGGUUUUAGUCGACUCAUCCUCGCAUUGUUCCAGCACAUCACAGACUGGCUUUAGCAAAUCCUCUGGGAAUCACAGCCAUCUACGCAGAACCCCAGUGGCCGAGCCAGAUAAUAUAUAGACAUGUGGGCAGCCAUGGAGACUUUACUGGGCCCGCUGGCAGCAGACAAGGCCACCCCGUCCCCCACCAUCCACCCACCCCCAACCCAGUUAUGUGGCAGCUGAAGCCUGUAGGUGUAAAUAAUUCUGGGUGCUGACACAGCUCUAUGAUGGGAGCACAGGGCACAGUCUGCUGUGAAAAGUGACACAAAGUGAGGUAUCCAGGGAGGACACCAUCAAGAGACAGAUAAUAGUUUUAAGUGUAUUUUCCCUACAGUUCCUCUGGGAUAAAUCAAUUAAUAAAUACAACUGAGGAGACAUAAAGGACAGGGAUAUAGUUAGAAUAAUUCAAUUGAAUAAUGCAAAAUCAUAGAAACAGUGAGGGUUGAUUUAAGUGAACCCUCCGGCAUUUAUUACUGACUGAGCAAUAAAACAAGGUUGAAAAUAAAAGCAUAUACAGUACCAGUCAAAAGUUUGGAUACACAUACUCAUUCAAGGGUUUUUCUUUAUUUCUGCUACUUUCUACAUUAUAGAAACUAUGAAAUGAUGUAGUAACCCCCCCAAAAGUUAUAUUGUAUAUCAACAUAUAUUUUAGAUUUUAGAUUCUUCAAAGUAGCCACCCUUUUCCUAAAUGACAGCUUUCAACACUCUUGGCAUUCUCUCAGCCAGCUUCACCUGGAACGCUUUUCCAAUAGUCUUGAAGGAGUUCCCACAUAUGCAGAGCACUUGUUGGCUGCUUUUCCUUCACUCUGCGGUCGAACUCAUCCCAAACCAUCUCAAUUGGGUUGAGGUCGGGUGAUUGUGGAGGCCAGGUCAUCUGAUGCAGCACUCCAUCACUCUCCUUCUUGAUCAAAUAGCCCUUACACAGCCUGGUGUGUUUGGGUCAUUGUCCUGUUAAAAAUAAAUGAUAGUCCCACUAAGCACAAACAAGAUGGGAUGGCGUAUCGCUGCAGAAUACUGUGGUAGCCAUGCUAGUUAAGUGUGCCUUGAAUUCUAAAUAAAUCACUGACAGUGUCACCAGCAAAGCUCUCCCACACCAUCACACCUCGUCCUCCAUGCUUCACUGUGGGAACCACACAUGCGGAGAUCAACCGUUCACCUACUCUGUGUCUUAUAAAGAAAACCCUGUGUCUUAUAAUUUUUUUUUUCAAAGGACAGAUUUACACCAGUCUAAUGUUUAUUGCUCGUGUUUCUUGGCCCAAGCAAGUAUCUUCUUCUUAUUGGUGUCCUUAAGUAGUUGUUUCUUUGCAGCAAUUCGACCAUGAAGGCCUGAUUCAUGCAGUCUUUGAUGAACAGUUGAUGUUUAGAUGUGCCUGUUACUUGAACUCUGCAGCCCAAAUGAAUGCUUCACAAUCUGAGGUGCGGUUAACUCUAAUGAACUUAUCCUCUGCAGCAGAGGUAACUCUGGGUCUUCCUUUCCUGUGGCGGUCCUCAUGAGAGCCAGUUUCAUCAUAGCGCUUAAUGGUUUUUACGACCGCACUUGAAUAAACUUGAAAAGUU